AUGACAGAGACUGUCUGGCAUGGAAUGAGACACAAAAAUGUCCGAAAUCUAAUCCAGUGCUGCUCAAAUACAUGCUGAAUCAUGACCCUUCAAUGAACAUGGCCUGCCCUGAGUACUUCCGUUGGAUUCAUGAAGAUCUAAGGCACUGGAGAGAGACAGGGAUUUCGAAAGACAUGGUUGAGAGAGCUAAUAGGACUGCCCAUUUCCGGUUAGUGAUCAUAGAUGGCAAGGCUUAUGUAGAGAAAUAUGUCAAGUCUAUUCAAACCAGAGACUUGUAUACUAUAUGGGGUAUUGUACAACUUUUGAGGUGGUACCCUGGGAGGUUGCCUGAUCUGGAUAUGAUGUUUGAUUGCAAUGAUCGGCCAGUAAUUCGAUCAAAGGAUCAUCGUGGACCUAAUGCAUCCCCCCCACCAUUGUUCCGGUAUUGUUCAGAUGUAUGGAGCAUGGAUAUUGUCUUCCCUGAUUGGUCGUUUUGGGGAUGGGUAGAGACCAACAUAAAACCAUGGGCAAAUGUAGUGAAGGAUAUAAAGGAAGGAAACAAGAGAACCAAGUGGAAAGACCGGGAGCCCUUCGCGUAUUGGAAGGGCAAUCCCUCUGUGGCUGCAACCAGGGCACACCUCAUGAGGUGCAAUGUCACCGAUAAAACAGACUGGAAUGCUCGCUUGUUUGUUCAGGACUGGAAUAAAGAAUCUAAGGUAGGAUACAAGCAAUCGAAUCUUGAAGAUCAGUGCACUCACAUUAUUUUCUUUUACAUUAUACAUUUAGGCCUGAGAUUUAUAAUCAGACAUUUAAUGCAUUUGGCUUUAAAGUACAUAGAAGGAUGGGCUUGGUCAGUAAGCGAAAAGUACAUACCGGCAUGCGACUCUCCAACCUUAUUCGUUACACCGCGCUUCUAUGAUUUCUUUACAAGAGGCAUGGUACCAUUGACACAUUAUUGGCCUAUCAGAGACAGAGAUAAAUGCAGAUCUCUCAAAUUUGCUGUUGAAUGGGGAAAUAAUAAUACCGAAAAGGCACAAGCCAUUGGCAAAGCAUCGAGUCGCUUCAUCCAAGAGGAACUGAAACAGGAAUAUGUGUAUGAUUACAUGUUCCACCUGCUUAACGAAUACGCAAAACUACUGAAGUACAAGCCUAGCAUACCUCCGAAUGCUAUAGAACUGUGUCCGGAAACAAUGGCAUGCCUUGCUGGUAGUGAUUACAACAAAUUUAUGAUGGCCUCCUUGGUGAAUUCUCCGAGGGAUUCAGUUCCAUGCACCAUGCCUCCUCCCUAUGAUGCUCAAGCUCUAAAAGCAUUCAUCGAUACUCAGAUUGGAUCAACAAGGAAAGUAGAGGCUUGGGAAAAUGAGUACUGGGAAAAACUUAACAAAAAGCAAUGAGAUUUUAAACUUGUUAACUUGCUUAACAAAACUAGAGCAGAAGACUUAAAUUAGGCUGUGCUUCAAUUGAAUGGAAAAUAAA